CGCAGCCGUAGCGCACAAAGCCCGCGGCCUUUGUCUCGGCCGCCCGGCCGGACACUCGGCGGGGGACGGGCACCGGCACGGGGACGCUCCGCCGGGGCCCCGCCGGCCAUGUUUCCGCAGGGCCGGCAUCCGGCCCCCCACCAGCCCGGGCAGCCGGGGUUCAAGUUCACGGUGGCCGAGUCGUGCGACCGGAUCAAAGACGAGUUCCAGUUCCUGCAGGCGCAGUACCACAGCCUCAAGGUGGAGUACGACAAGCUGGCCAACGAGAAGACGGACAUGCAGCGGCAUUACGUGAUGUACUACGAGAUGUCCUAUGGCCUCAACAUCGAGAUGCACAAGCAGACAGAGAUCGCCAAGAGACUCAACACCAUCCUCGCCCAGAUCAUGCCCUUCCUGUCUCAGGAGCACCAGCAGCAGGUGGCCCAGGCCGUGGAGCGCGCCAAGCAGGUGACAAUGACUGAGCUGAACGCCAUCAUCGGGCAGCAGCAGCUCCAGGCUCAGCACCUCUCUCACGCCUCGCACGGCCCCCCGGUGCAGCUGCCCCCCCACCCGUCGGGCCUGCAGCCCCCUGGGCUCCCCCCGGUGACUGGAAGCAGCUCGGGGCUGCUGGCGCUCGGGCCCCUGGGUGGCCAGGCCCACCUGGCGGUCAAGGACGAGAAGAGCCACCACCACGAGCUGGACCACAGGGAGAGAGAGUCCGGUGCGAACAACUCGGUGUCACCGGCUGAGAGCCUGCGCGCCAGCGAGAAGCACCGCAGCCCUGCGGACUACAGCCUGGACGCCAAGAAGCGCAGGGCCGAGGACGGGCCGGGGCUGGGCCACUACGACAGUGACGGGGACAAGAGUGACGACCUGGUGGUGGACGUGUCCAACGAGGACCCCGCCACGCCCAGGGCCAGCCCUGCCCACUCCCCCCCAGAGAACGGGCUGGACAAGGUGCGGGGGCUGAAGAGGGACGCGCCCCCCAGCCCCGCCUCGGUGGCCUCCUCCAGCAGCACCCAGUCCUCCAAGACCAAAGACCUCGGUCAUAUUGACAAGUCCUCCACCCCCGGACUCAAGUCCAGCACACCCACCCCGAGGAGCGACGCACCCACCCCAGGCACCAGCAGCAUCCCGGGGCUCCGGGCCGGGCCGGGCAAGCCUGUGGGCGUGGACCCCAUCGCCUCGGCCCUGCGCACGCCUCUGUCCCUCGCCAGCUCGUACGCCGCCCCCUUCGCCAUGCUGGGCCACCACGAGAUGAACGGCUCCCUGGCCAGUCCCAGCGCCUAUGCCGGCCUGCACGGCCUCCCGCCCCAGAUGACCGCGGCCGCCUAUGGCCGGGCGCCCAUGGUGGGGUUCGACCCUCAUCCCCCCAUGCGAGCCACGGCCCUGCCCCCCAGCCUCACCUCCAUCCCGGGGGGAAAGCCUGCCUACUCCUUCCACGUGGCGGCCGAUGGGCAGAUGCAGCCGGUGCCUUUCCCGCACGACGCCCUGGCGGGCCCUGGCAUCCCGCGGCACGCGCGGCAGGUGAGCACGCUGGCCCACGGCGAGGUGGUGUGCGCCGUCACCAUCAGCGACCCCACGCGCCACGUGUACACCGGUGGCAAGGGCUGCGUCAAGAUCUGGGACAUCAGCCAGCCGGGCAGCAAGAGCCCCGUGUCCCAGCUCGACUGCCUGAACCGGGACAACUACAUCCGCUCCUGCAAGCUGCUGGCGGACGCGCGCACGCUCAUCGUGGGCGGCGAGGCCAGCACGCUGACCAUCUGGGACCUGGCCUGCCCCACGCCCCGCAUCAAGGCCGAGCUGACGUCCUCGGCGCCCGCCUGCUACGCGCUGGCCAUCAGCCCCGACGCCAAGGUCUGCUUCUCCUGCUGCAGCGACGGCAACAUCGCCGUGUGGGACCUGCACAACCAGGCGCUCGUGCGGCAGUUUCAGGGCCACACGGACGGCGCCAGCUGCAUCGACAUCUCCCACGACGGCACGAAGCUGUGGACCGGCGGGCUGGACAACACCGUGCGCUCCUGGGACCUGCGCGAGGGCCGCCAGCUACAGCAGCACGACUUCACCUCACAGAUCUUCUCGCUGGGCUACUGCCCGACCGGGGACUGGCUGGCGGUGGGCAUGGAGAGCAGCAACGUGGAGGUUCUGCACCACAGCAAGCCUGACAAGUACCAGCUGCACCUGCAUGACAGCUGCGUGCUGUCGCUCAAGUUCGCCUCCUGCGGGAAGUGGUUUGUGAGCACCGGUAAGGACAACCUGCUCAAUGCGUGGAGGACGCCCUACGGGGCCAGCAUCUUCCAGUCCAAGGAGUCGUCCUCUGUGCUGAGCUGUGACAUUUCUGCGGAUGACAAGUACAUCGUCACCGGCUCUGGGGACAAGAAGGCCACCGUGUACGAGGUCAUCUACUGAGCAAGAGCUCGGCGGGCGUCAUGUCUGAGGACGGGGGCUGAGCCCACUGGCCCGGGGACACUGGAGUGGACCCCUGUGCUUGGUGGGGCCGCACUGACUUGUGAAAAUGUACAUACGCCUGGCCAGGUGCGGCCACCUGGGCGGCCGGAGUCUCACCUGCUGUUACCUGUCACCCACAGGUGUCCCCCCACAAGCAUCGGGCCGGGGCGCAGGGAGAUGUGGGUGCAGGAGGGGCCAGCAGGACCCCUGAAGGACUCUGUCCCCUUGUGGACUUGGACUUGGGGUGGACAGAACCAAGACCGGCCGGGUCCUGUGGGGCCCCUCCCCAUCUGUCUCCUCAGCCUCCGCCUCUCUACCGACAUGUUUCUGUGGGGCGCAGCUGGUGUGGGGGCGCCCCCGAGAGGGAGGGCAGGAUGGCUACUCAGCUCAGGGAGCCACAGGCUGGCUGACCCGGGGUGCUUCUUCCUUUUCUAAUCUGAAUAAAGAACAGCGGCCAUGUCUUUUCUACA